AUGAAUUCAUCCGUCGAUGUUGAUCUAUUAAUUCAACAAUGUGAAGGUUAUAUGCAUGAACAUGAUAUUAUGAAUUUAAUAAAACAAUGCUUACAUAAACUAUGUAUUCACCAACCAGAUAACCCUAUUCAUUUUCUUAAACAAUACUUUUCUGGCGAACAAUAUGACCAGACUUUGCUAAUGACUGAACCAGAACAUAUUCAAUAUCCAUUAUUAACUAAAAAACGUCGUGGAGCUGUAUCAUCCAAAUCAUCAUCAGGAGUACAUGGAACAACACCAUUUGUUCGAGAAAUUGUUCAAAAAGAUUAUGCGACAAUGUGUGCCUUAUCGGAAGCAAUAAAAAAGAACAUUCUAUUUAGUCAUUUGGAUGAAAAUGAACGUGCACAAAUCUUCGAUGCAAUGUUUCCUGAAAUUCAUCUAGCAGGUGAUAUCAUAAUUCAGCAAGGUGAAAAAGGUGAAAAUUUUUAUAUUAUUGAUAAAGGUGAAGUAAAUGUUUAUGUUAAUGAUGAGCUUGUAACGAGUAUUGGUGAAUGUUCAAGUUUUGGUGAACUUGCUCUUAUUUAUGGUACACCACGUGCAGCAACAAUUAAAGCUAAGACAGAUGUUAAACUUUGGUCUCUAUUAGGAGAAACUUAUCGAAGAAUAUUAAUGGAUUCAACAAUAAGAAAAAGAAAAAUGUAUGAAGAAUUUUUAAGUAAAGUUUCAAUUUUAGAAACACUUGAUGAAUGGGAACGUUUAACAGUUGCUGAUUCACUUGAACCAGUUCAAUUUGAAGAUGGUGAAAUUGUUGUUAAACAAGGUGAUCCAGGUGAUGAUUUCUUUCUCAUCGUUGAAGGUAAUGCUAUUGUCUAUCAAAAAACAUCUGAAUCACCUCAAGCAGUGGAAGUUGAUACACUUGGUGCAGGAAAUUAUUUUGGUGAAAUAGCUCUUUUAUGUAAUCGACCACGUGUUGCAACAGUUGUUGCUAAAGGUAUAUUAAAAUGUGUUAAGAUGGAUCGUGCACGAUUUGAACGUGUUCUUGGUCCUAUACAAGAUAUACUUAAACGAAAUAUUCCGCGUUAUAAUUCUGUUAUUCGUCUUGAUCAAUUACGCAUGACUGCAACUACUUCAAAUAAUAAUCUCAAUAAUGAUGAAUUUUCUCAAUAA